UCAAUAUUCUCUCCCAUGGCUUCUUCUUUCUCCAAUUAUUUCAAAAUUUUAUUAUCAAUUCUAUUUUUCAUAAUUUUCUUCACUUCUCAUUCUUUUUCUUCUUCAAAUUAUUCUUUAUCAAAUAUAGUUAUAAAUUCAACUUCUGAAUUUAUUAACCAUACUGCCAUAUCCGAAUUCCGAAUACUGAACCGAAGAAUUCUAUCCAAAUGCCCCGACCCGAACCCGUAUUUAAGUAUAACUACUGCCUCAAAUUCAAGCCUUUCUGAUGAAUCUUUUGUUACUGUUCAUGUUUCUGGAGUUUUGGUUCCUUCAAAAGGAGAUUGGGUUGGCAUGAUCUCACCUUCGUAUUCUGACACCUCAAGUUGCCCCUUUAAUGCCUUACAAUAUCAACAGACUGGUGAUUUCUCUGAACUUCCACUCCUUUGCCAUUAUCCAGUCAAGGCACAAUAUUUAAGCAAAGAUCCAGGCUAUCUAAAUUGCAAGAAGAAAGAAUGCAAGAAACAUGUAAAGGGAAGUUGUGAAGUGAGAACAUGUAGUGCCUCACUUUCAUUUCAUGUUGUUAAUUUUAGGACAGAUAUUGAGUUUGUGUUGUUUGCUGGUGGAUUUGCAACUCCUUGUAUCCUCAAAAGAUCAAACAAUAAAUUGACUUUCACUAAUCCUAAACAACCUUUAUAUGGACAUCUCUCUAGCAUUGACUCCACUGCAACAUCUAUGAGAGUAACAUGGGUUAGUGGAGAUAAAGCACCUCAACAACUACAAUAUGGAGAAGGAAAAUCUCAAACAUCACAAGUUUCUACCUUUACCCAAAAGGACAUGUGCAGUUCUAUCUUAAAAAGUCCAGCUAAGGACUUUGGAUGGCAUGAUCCUGGCUUCAUUCAUUCAGCAAUAAUGACUGGCCUUAAUCCUUCAACCACAAACUCCUAUACAUAUGGAAGUGAUUCAAGUGGUUGGAGUGAGAAGAUUACCUUCAAAACACCACCAGCUGGUGGAACUGAUGAGGUUAGAUUUUUGGCAUAUGGUGAUAUGGGAAAAGCUCCUAGAGAUCCUUCUGCAGAACAUUAUAUUCAGCCAGGAUCAUUAUCAGUGGUGAAGGCUAUGGUUGAUGAAGUAUCAUCUGGGAAUGUUGAUUCUGUAUUCCACAUUGGUGAUAUAAGUUAUGCCACUGGAUUUCUAGUAGAAUGGGAUUAUUUUCUUCAUCUAAUCACUCCAAUUGCCUCUCGUGUUUCAUACAUGACCGCUAUCGGAAAUCAUGAAAGGGAUUAUAUAGGUACAGGAUCAGUAUAUGCAACACCAGAUUCAGGUGGAGAAUGUGGUGUGCCUUAUGAAACUUAUUUUCAAAUGCCAACACAAGCUAAAGAUAAGCCAUGGUACUCUAUUGAACAAGGAAGUGUUCACUUCACUGUUAUUUCAACUGAACAUGAUUGGUCUCAAAACUCAGAGCAGUAUGAAUGGAUGAAGAAUGACAUGGCUUCAGUUGAUCGAACAAGAACACCUUGGUUAAUUUUUACAGGGCAUCGACCCAUGUAUUCUUCUGUCACUGGUGGAAUUCUUCAAAAUGUUGAUGAUGAUUUUGUCAAAGCUGUUGAGCCAUUACUAUUGGCAAACAAGGUUGAUCUAGCAUUAUUUGGACAUGUUCACAAUUAUGAGAGGACUUGUGCAGUAUAUCAAAAGGAAUGUAAAGCAUUGCCUACUAAAGAUGCAAGUGGAAUUGAUACUUAUGAUAAUACCAAUUAUAGUGCACCUGUUCAUGCUGUUAUUGGAAUGGCUGGCUUUAGCUUGGACCAAUUCCCUUCUCAGGCUGAUGAAUGGAGUUUGGUAAGAAAAGCUGAAUUUGGAUACGUGCGAGUUCAUGCAACAAGAAAUUCAUUGACUAUUGAGUAUGUGAAUGCAAAUACAAGAAAGUUGGAAGACAAUUUUCAAAUCACCAAAAACUGAGCAAAAGAUGAAAAGAGAGAAACUAUACACUAGUACAGCAAAUUGUGUAAUACAAAGUAUAGGGAAAGUUGUUUAAAUUUAUAGAAUAGUACAAAAAAAAUUGUAUUUUUAAUCUCUUAUAGCAGCAAAAAUGUCUCAAAUAAU